AUGGAAAGCAAGAAGCAUGUGUUUACUCCCAUGGAGAAAAAAUGCUUUCUCGAUAUUAUAAAAAAAUAUAGGACUGUGGUUGAAAAUAAGGAGACAGAUGGCGCGUCUUUGCGUAUUAAAAAUGAGACUUGGAGCAAAAUAUCUGCAGAAUACAACGCUAGUCCACACGCAUCUAGCCAGGCGACAACUAAACAAUUACGUCGGCUCUGGAUGAAUUUAAAGCAAAGACGGAGGGAGGCACUGAAAAAAGAACGCGAACACCGCUUGGCCACUGGAGAAGGGUCAACAAUAAGUGAUGCCACCUUUGAUUCUGAUAUCGCCAAAGUAGAGCCAGCAUUUGGUAUGGAUACUGAUAUUGAUUCAGACACAGUCCUAGCCACGACUAUAGCCCAAACGCAACAAACAGCCCUGGCAGGUCAGCGUCAGACGGACUCAAUUUUGGAGGGAGGGGACGAGGAUCGUCAAAUGAGGGCUGAAAAACAUGAAAUGGAAAUGAAGAUUCUUCAUUACCAGCUCCGAGAAGCCAAGGCAAAAGCUGAACUAGCUGAGCUGAUCCUCAAACAAAAAAAACUAUGUUGCUCAGAUUUGACAUCAUAG